GGCAACACAGGCUACGACGCGCUGCCGCGCACAGCAGCUGUCACGUUUCUAUCGCAUAUUUUGAUAAAAUAUUUCAUCAAAAUAAUACAACGCAAACUUUAUUUUUGUGUUUAUUUAGUGAAAAAUAGUGUAGUUAACAGUAAGUCUAAAAUAGCUCUUCAGAUGCGAUCGAAAAGUGAUUAGAAAUGGACCAACAAUUUUCAUUGUCUUGGAAUAACUUCCAUGGAAACCUCACGAAGGGAUUCGCCGGUUUACUGGGUAAUGGUGAAUUCGUCGACGUGACUAUUGCCGUAGAAGGACACCUGUUACAAGCGCACAAAGUAAUACUUUCAAUAUGCUCCCCAUAUUUCAAGAAGAUGUUCCAAAUGAAUCCGUGUCAACAUCCUAUUGUGGUGUUGAGGGAUGUGACACAUAAAGCCAUGCGAGACCUCCUUCAAUUCAUGUACCAUGGGGAAGUCAGUGUUAAGAGAGAGGAUCUUACUAGUUUUAUAGGCACAGCUGAGGUAUUGCAAAUCAAGGGGCUGACUAACAAAGAGACUGAAGAUGAUCCUGAGAAAGAACAAGAGUUUUCCAAACACAACAUAGAAAACCACAAUGGCUCUCCUGAUGGGAAUUCAAGUGUGUCAGACAUAGUUGAUACCACCAUUGAUGAUGUCACACCUAAUAAUGAACUAGAUCUUUUAAAACAAAGGCAAUUCAUUGAAAAGUUGCAAAGACUUAGUAAUCUAAAAAGAAAAUCUGAAGAAUUCCUCCAAAAAAGCUACUAUGCUGACUUAAUAAACCCUGAAAAAAGGUCUAAGACCAAAGACAAACCGUAUUCUAAACAAAACAACCAUAUGGCUCAAAGCUAUGAGAAUUUAAAAAGCUUAUAUGAAGAAAAGGCAUUAGAUGUUUCAAAUGCAUAUAAUUCUCACAUUCAAAAUGCUUGUAAUAAUGCAGAGAAAGAUUUGAAUGACAAAGCUAAAAAUCAGACUCCAUUUGAAAAUAAUAUAGAAUUGAAAACGGAAAGUGAUGAUAUGGACAUAAUAGUAACAGAUCCUGCAGUUUGCACCACUCCAAAGUCUUAUGAUGGGUCUAGAGAUGGAAAGAAAGACUUGUCAAUACCUUUGGAUUACCACUCACCUCAAGAUAAUUGUACCAGCUUAAACUCAUUGUUUAACGACCUAAAAAACUUAGUGAACGGUAAAGUGACUAACACCACGUUGAGAAAUAACACAAAUGAAGAACACCCACGGACUACAAUGGAGCAUCGACUUGUGACGAUUCCACAAAAAGAAGACGGAAAAAAGAAAUAUCCACAACGGUCGUGCAGACUCUGCUGGAAAAUAGGGAAGAGAAGGGACACAAGAUUUAUGUGUAACGCUUGUGAAAUGCCCUUUUGCAAAUCUCCAUGUUUUGAAAUACACUUCAAUGAUGUACUAAAAGUAUCUCAACUCCAGGGUGACUACUAUGCAACAUAAUAUCAAACUAAAUCAAAAUACAUAUAAUUCAUAUUCACUAAGGAACUUUAUAGUUAAGAUUUAAUAUAAUAUUCAUAUUUUUAUCAAAAAGUAUCUCUUUAGCUUAGCAAAGCCAGCAGUUUUGAGCUGUAAAAACUAAAAGGAUCAUAGAUUCCAGAGAACAUGGGGACCAAAUUCCUGUAUAUUGCAAAAUGCUAUCUAUUGUUAAUAAUAACCUUUUAAAUACUCUAUAUUGUUAGAUAAGGCUGUUCUGUAUGAAAUCAUAAAGCACAAUAAGUUAAGUAAACUACUGUGAUAGCGGUAAUCUGCUCUCAAGUGCCAAUUAAAAGUCGAACAAAUUAUAGUAGAAGUAUAUCACUUUCGGUCUGUGCCAUCAAACUAUACCAUAAAAAUCAAGACUUGUUGCUCAUAUUCUAGUCUAUUUAUUGUAUUAGUAUUAGAUUUGAUUUUAUAGGAUCACUUACAUUUUUGGUAUAUGCAAAAAAAAACUGCAAUGACUUAAAAUUAAACUUUAUAAUACUUUAAUAAUAUGCGUGUCCAACAUGCUCAUGGAUGGAUUGCAGAAAAAUAUUUUUCUAAUCUAUGUAAAAUUAUGAGACAUUUUCAUUAUAAAUGAUUUCUUAAAUUUUAAUGAUCUCUGAGUGACUGUAGAAUAAGUACUAUAUUUUAAGAUUAAGUAUACAGUGAGAGAUUGCAUUCCGAAAACUAUAGCAUAUCAUUUGGUCUUUAUUGGAAAAUAUUUCUAUGAUAAUGCGCAUAGUGUAGCUCAUUAGGGAACUAAAUUAUAUUAAAACUUACAAAAAA